CCGGCGCUCAGGCCGCCUCCCGGCGCCGAGUUUCCUGUUUAAGAUGGCGUCCCCUGUGGCGGCGCGGGCCGGGCAACUUCUGAGAGAGCUGGCGCUCCGGCCCCCGCUCCUGGCCUCCAGGUCCCAGACAGUUCAGGUAACCCCCAGGAGAUGGCUGAAUCUGCAGGAAUACCAGAGCAAGAAACUCAUGUCUGACAACGGAGUGAAGGUUCAAAGAUUCUUUGUGGCAGACACAGCAAACGAAGCUCUGGAGGCGGCUGAGAGACUAAAUGCAAAAGAAAUUGUUUUAAAAGCCCAGAUCUUAGCUGGAGGAAGAGGAAAAGGUGUCUUCAGUAGUGGUUUGAAAGGAGGCGUUCAUUUAACGAAAGACCCUAAAGUUGUGGGACAGCUGGCUAAACAGAUGAUUGGAUAUAAUCUAGCAACAAAACAAACUCCCAAAGAAGGUGUGAAAGUUAACAAGGUGAUGGUUGCCGAAGCCUUGGAUAUUUCCAGAGAAACAUACUUGGCGAUUCUGAUGGACCGGUCUUGCAAUGGCCCUGUACUGGUGGGCAGCCCUCAAGGGGGUGUUGACAUUGAAGAAGUGGCAGCUUCAAAUCCAGAACUUAUUUUUAAGGAGCAAAUUGACAUUAUUGAAGGGAUAAAGGACAGCCAAGCUCAGCGGAUGGCAGAAAAUCUAGGCUUUGUUGGGUCUUUGAAAAACCAGGCUGCAGAUCAAAUUAAGAAGCUGUAUAAUCUCUUCCUGAAAAUUGAUGCUACCCAGGUAGAAGUGAAUCCCUUUGGUGAAACUCCGCAAGGACAAGUUGUCUGUUUUGAUGCCAAGAUAAACUUUGAUGACAAUGCAGAAUUCCGACAAAAGGAUAUAUUUGCUAUGGAUGACAAAUCAGAGAAUGAGCCCAUUGAAAAUGAAGCUGCCAGAUACGAUCUGAAAUACAUAGGACUGGAUGGGAACAUUGCCUGCUUUGUGAAUGGUGCUGGACUUGCCAUGGCUACUUGUGACAUCAUUUUCCUGAAUGGUGGGAAGCCAGCCAACUUCUUGGAUCUUGGUGGUGGUGUAAAGGAAGCCCAAGUGUAUCAAGCCUUCAAACUGCUCACAGCCGAUCCUAAGGUUGAAGCCAUCCUCGUCAAUAUUUUUGGUGGAAUCGUCAACUGUGCCAUCAUUGCCAAUGGGAUCACCAAAGCCUGCAAGGAGCUGGAACUCAAGGUACCGCUGGUGGUCCGCCUGGAAGGAACCAAUGUCCACGAGGCCCAGAACAUUCUCAGUAACAGCGGACUCCCUAUUACUUCAGCGGUUGACCUGGAAGAUGCGGCCAAGAAGGCUGUGGCCAGCGUGGCUAAGAAGUGAUGGCUUUGCCUUGACCCCUCGGAGGAAGAAGUCCAUUUUCCCAUAAAAAAAGAAUGGUUCUCUCAUCACUGUGAAGGAAAUGGUUAUCCCAUUGGGAAGAAACAGGGAGAGGGGAUGAGCAGGAAUCCCAAUGAAGAAUCUUGAAUCUGUAUUUUCUUGAAUAAGAUAUCUAGGUAGCCAAAUAAUCUGAUUUCACUUACUGUCUUCACUAUAUUAAUGUUGUAUGUUCUCAUACUUUUUUCUCAUGAUAAUCCUGCUCAGUAGGCUUUGUUUUGCUGACUUUGCAGAGCAGUCUGUGUGGCCAAAGAGUGUGCAUAUAUAUAGAAUUUGAGAUCAGGCCAUGGUUCAUUACAGCAGUUUUGGUAGACAUUUAGCCCUGUCUAAAAAUUUUUUUAAAUCCACAGGCUGUGUAAAUUCAUUUAACAGAUUAACUAUCAAAAAGGUGCCUCUCAGUCAUUCAAGAAAAUAGGUGUCACACACUGUAACAGUCUUAAUGAGCUUCUAAUUCCAACAUUUGUUUGGAAAUCUGUGAAUGUUCUGAAAUGUAUUUUACAAUGAAAGAUGCCUUAAUAUUGAAUAUACUGUUUACCUCACACUAAAAAUAAAGUCAGAAAUCUUGUAA